GCUAGCUAGCCACUUGGACAAGGUGGGCUUUGAGCUCUCACUCGUCACCACCGAGUGGUUCCUCUGUGUCUUCGCCAAGACCUUCCCCUCUGAGGUGCGUGGGUGUGCAGUGCAAGCACCUUUCUCUUCUGCCAACACUCGGCUUCGCUCUCACCUCCUUACCUGGGCUUGUGAAACCCCAACCUCUCAGUCUCUCUCUCCCUCCCGCGUCACCACCGAGUGGUUCCUCUGUGUCUUCGCCAAGACCUUCCCCUCUGAGAUAAACGAGGCAGAGCUCAUGACAGCACAGCACCUGGGCGACGUGGUGGAAAUACUCAAUCGGUCCAGCAGCAGGCACUUUGACCCCGACAUUCUCCUGCAGGUGCGUCCUUAUCCUCAUGCACCUCCCUCUCAUCUCCUCUCCUGUGAAUGUUGUGUCAAGGUGGCGUUUGACCGGGUGGCGUUUGACCGGCUGGGAACCAUGUCCAUGGCCACCUUCUCAAGCAAUGCAAGUGGCAGAGCUUUUAACCACCCCUUUUACUGCCUCACCUCUCUCCCUCUGCCUCUCCAGCAGGUGGCGUUUGACCGGCUGGGAACCAUGUCCUUGGCCACCAUUCUCAAGCAGCACAAUGGGCAGUGUUAUUAA